AUGGAGAUGCGGUUCUCGCAGACCUUGCUCUUCCUUGCAACUAUCUUGCUGGGCAUCUCAGCAUUCACACCAUUGUCUGACGAAACACUACGAAAUCUGCCCUCUGCAGGCCCGGAUUUUGAUAUACACGAUGGAUCUAUCCUUGCGCCCAUUCUGAUCCCUCGAGUACCAGGAACUCCCGGCUCGUUGGCGGUGCAGCAGCAUUUCACGAAUUGGUUUGGAGCCCAUCUCCCAAAAUGGACCAUCGAGUUCCAAAACUCAACGGCGACGACUCCCGCGACGGGCGAUACACAAGUCCCGUUUGUGAACUUUAUAAUUACACGCGAUCCGCCGUGGGCGAAAGCUGGGGAUGUGGGAAGGCUGGCCCUGGUUGCACAUUAUGACAGCAAGCUCCAACCCCCUGGAUUUAUUGGGGCGACAGAUAGCGCAGCGCCUUGCGCAAUUAUAAUGCAUGCGGCAAGGAGUGUGGAUGAGGCGUUGACGAAGAAAUGGGCUGCUAUGGAGGCGGAUGGUUCUAAUGGGUUGGAGGAGGAGACCGGGGUGCAGAUUCUGUUUUUGGACGGGGAGGAGGCAUUUUUGGAUUGGACGAAUACUGACUCGUUAUAUGGGGCAAGAUCAUUGGCCGAAACAUGGGAGUCGACUCCGCAUGCUGCUAUGUCUACAUACCGCAAUGGCCUCAGUUCCAUCUCACUGUUCAUGCUUUUGGAUCUUCUUGGCUCAGCAAACCCUCGAGUCCCUUCGUUCUUCAAGACUACACACUGGGCAUAUCAACACCUGGCCGUCAUCGAAUCCCGAUUGCGAACACUAGGCCUUCUGGAAUCCCAAGCAUCUCAACCCUUCCUCUACGAUGCAAACAAAGGCCUAAACGACUUCCGUGAUAAAUGGGGAGUGCAAGAUGACCACAUCCCAUUCAUGGCUCGAGGCGUAGAAGUGCUCCACAUAAUAGCGACGCCAUUUCCCAAUGUAUGGCACACGGCUGCCGAUGAUGGUGAGCACUUGGAUUUACCUACUGUACACGAUUGGGCGAAGAUCGUGACGGCAUUUGUGGCGGAGUGGAUGGAUCUGGAAGGGACUUUGCCAACAAAGGCUGAAGCGGAGGCACAGAUUAGAGCGAAAAGAUCUUCAAGGAAGACCGAGCUGUGA